AUGCCUCCCAUACGUGGCAAGCGAGGUCCAGAGCUUGAUUGUCUUACCAGAGCUAAAAUAUGUGAACUCCAUGCCACUAAUGGAUGGGGUGCAACAACUAUCAAAAAGAAGCGAUUCCCGGAUAUUCCACGCUCUACCAUUCAAUAUACGCUUACACAAGAGUCAAAGCGUCAAAAGCAGGAGUCAUUACCGCGUCCAGGUGCUCCAAGAAAGCUCACAGAGAACGACCGUGACCAUAUUUAUGAGACUAUCCAACAAAACCCGUCAAUUUUGAUCCAAGACCUUCUUUCAGAGGUCGAUAAUAAGGUUAAACGCAACUCAAUUUGGCGUCUUACGCACGAGAUGGGCCUUCGAAAGUGGCGGAAGAUGCAACGGCCUACUUUAACGCCUCAACAUGCUGCAAAACGUCUUGUGUGGGCUCAACGAUAUGAGCACUUUACUUCCGAGGAUUGGGCUCGAGUUUAUUGGUCAGAUGAGUGUACUGUUGAGCGUGGCAUUGGUCAACGGCAAGAAUGGACCUUUACUCGUCCAAAAAAUCAGCUUUGGGAGCAUCCAAAAGAAGGUCGUCAAGUUCAAAUGAUUCUGUUGUAG